CUCAUUCAAAAGCUUCCUGAGACUGGACCGCAUCAUGUUCGGAUUCACGAUAUUGCUAGUGGCAGGCGUUGUACACGCGAACAUUGAUAACGCCAAGGACGUGUACGCUCCACCGUACGUUCAGUCGAGGGAAGCCUUCACAUACGUGAAGACAUACUUGUCUCAGAGCUUGACACCAAAUACCAAGGAUAUCUACGACCCUGCAUCUCGACAACCUUUCUCGUUCGGGAUCCUGGCGGACGUGGUUGGUGCUCUGGUAACGGCCAACAGGUCGGCUCCUAGUUACCAUCCGUUGCUGGUACUCGACAAACGAGUGCCGUAUGCGUGGAGGAACUAUAUGGAGAUAGCUACGAACGCGCAAUCGCUAUUAAACGAAGCUUCGGUGAAAAUUCGUCUGGUGGAAGAUCUCAUAGAUAACAUGUGUGAUGCAGACAGCGUUACACAGUGCAACGCCAAAGUACAAAAUAAAGUAGACGGAAACCCAUAUGCAUACAAAGGCCCGGCCGAAAUACUCUUGCUUCUGGGCAAAGUCUCGGUCUCUUUACGGAGCCUCGAACCCGAACUGAACUCGGUGACUGCAGAUAGAAAUGAGAUCCCGUACUUAAUAAAUAACGUUCAGUCAGAAGAAACUGCAGCAUUAAUUAACGACUUAGAGAAUGCAUAUGAUAAAAUAACACAGUUGCAGUUUAGAAUGUACAGUCCAAUGUUUAGGGGGUUGUAGUGUGAUCUCGCUAUGACUCGAAUAAAAUUUGUGAAAUUAAAUUGAAAAUAAAUCGUAUAUUGUGUGAAGCUUACUUGAAAUA